AUGGCGCCCGUAGCAACACAGACGCUGACACAUCCAUCGGCACCUCCGUCUUCGCACAAGCGCAAGAUCGAUCAACACCAUUCUUCGGCUUUUACCGAUACACUGAAAAAGCUCAAAGAGGAAGCCGACUCGAAUCAAGAAGUGGACGAUCAAGCGUUAUGGCCACGUCCAUAUCUCGAACCGCUCGACGUCGAUUACGAUGCCGUCACCUUCCAGCAGAUCGAUAUUGAAGAGCAUCAAGCCGUUGGCCAACCUCCAGCUAUUCGCAUGUACGGUGUCACCGUCGAGGGUCACUCGGUCUGCGCUCACAUCUAUGGCUUCCUUCCCUACUUUUACAUUCACGCGCCGAGAGGCUUCACAGCAAACACAUGCAAUGACUUCACCAAUCACCUUAACCUUCUCUUUGGCAGCCGCGCAGUUAACAGGUCCGAGAUUGUCAGCAAAAAAAGUCUCAUGGGCUAUGCUGGUCAUGAGAAUGUCGCCUUCAUCAAGCUCACCAUCUCUGAUCUUCGAGGUGUCUCCAAGAUUCGUGGUGCUUUCGAACGUGGCGAAGUCGGCUUCCGUGACCUUUUUACUCCCGGUGAUGCCUGUCUGACCUACGAGAAUAUCGCCUACACUCUGCGCUUCAUGAUCGACCUCAAGAUUGUCGGCAUGAACUGGAUUCGCGUCAAGGCUGCCAAUUACAAACUUCGUCCCGACAGUCAAAAGGUCUCGCUCUGCCAGAUCGAGCUCGACUGUAGCUGUGAUGCCAUCCUCUCGCAUGCUCCUGAUGACGAAUGGUCCAAGCUUGCACCUCUCCGUAUUCUCAGUUUCGACAUCGAGUGUGCCGGUCGCAAAGGUGUCUUUCCAGAAGCCUCCAUGGACCCGGUCAUUCAGAUCGCCAACAUGGUCACACGCCAGGGCGAGUCCAGUCCCUUUGUCAAGAAUGUCUUUACACUCAACACAUGUUCCCACAUCGUCGGCAGUCAAGUCCUGUCCUUCAACAAGGAAAUUGACAUGCUCGAGGCUUGGACCAAGUUUGUCCAAGAGGUCGAUCCCGAUGUCAUCAUUGGCUACAACAUUGCCAACUUUGAUUUCCCAUACCUUCUCGACCGAGCCAAAGCACUCAAGUCGACCAAAUUCGCCUACCUCGGUCGUGAGCGCGGCGUUCGCACUGAAGCCAAGGACACCCACUUCUCCUCGAAAGCGUACGGUACCCGUGACUCGAAGAACACCGAGCUCCAAGGGCGUCUCCAGCUCGACAUGCUCCAAGUCAUGCAGCGUGACUACAAGCUCCGUUCCUAUUCGCUCAACUCGGUCUCGUUCGAGUUUCUCGGCGAGCAGAAAGAAGACGUGCACCACUCGCUUAUUACUGAACUUCAAAACGCAGGUCCAGAAUCGCGUCGACGUCUUGCCGUCUAUUGUCUGAAGGACGCCUACCUUCCACAACGUCUUAUGGACAAGCUGAUGUGUUUCGUCAACUACAUUGAGAUGGCAAGAGUAACGGGUGUUCCCUUCAACUACCUCCUUUCACGUGGUCAGCAGAUCAAGGUCGUCUCUCAGCUCUUCCGCAAGGCCAACGAAGACAAAUACCUCGUCCCAGCCUACAAAGGUGAAGGCACCGAAGAUCAGUACGAGGGAGCUACUGUGCUCGAACCCAAAGCAGGCUACUACGAUCGACCCAUUGCCACACUCGAUUUCGCAUCACUUUACCCUUCCGUUAUGAUGGCACACAAUCUCUGCUACACAACGCUGCUUGACAAGAAGACGAUCGACAGACUGGAGCUCAAGGAGAAUGACGACUUUGUUAUCACACCCAACAACAACUACUUUGCAACCAAGAAACUCCGCAAAGGUCUCUUGCCCACUGUCCUGGAGAACCUGUUGGCAGCGCGUAAGAGGGCAAAGGCUGAUCUCAAGAAGGAGACUGACCCUUUCAGGCGUGCCGUGCUGGACGGUCGUCAGUUGGCGCUCAAGAUCAGUGCCAACUCGGUGUAUGGUUUCACAGGUGCGACCAUCGGCAAGUUGCCCUGUCUCGAGAUCUCGAUGAGUACCACUGCCUAUGGUCGACAGAUGAUCGAGCAGACCAAGACAUACGUCGAGAAGCACUAUACUAUUGCCAACGGAUACGAGCACGAUGCUGAGGUCGUCUAUGGUGAUACCGAUUCCGUCAUGAUCAAGUUUGGUCCGCCUGACUUGGCCAAAGCCAUGAAGCUGGGUGCUGAAGCUGCUGGUUUGGUGUCAAAGACCUUCAUCGAUCCCAUCAAGCUCGAGUUCGAAAAAGUCUACUUCCCUUACCUUUUGAUCAGCAAAAAGCGUUACGCUGGUCUCUACUGGACACGCCCAGAGAAGUACGACAAGAUGGAUACCAAAGGUAUCGAGACGGUCCGUCGUGACAACUGUCGACUCGUGCAGACUGUUAUCGAUACUUGCCUCCGCAAGAUGUUGAUCGACCGAGAUGUCAAGGGCGCCGAGGAGUAUGCCAAGAACAUCAUCUCGGAUUUGUUGCAGAACAAGGUCGAUAUGUCGCAGCUCGUUAUUACAAAAGCUUUGGCCAAGUCUGAUUACGCAGCCAAGCAAGCGCACGUCGAGCUCGCAGAGCGUAUGCGCAAGCGUGAUGCUGGUUCCGCACCCGCACUGGGUGAUCGUGUCGCCUACGUCAUCGUCAAGGCCGCCAAGGGUGCUGCAGCAUACGAGCGAUCCGAAGACCCGAUCUACGUUCUCGACCACAACAUCCCCAUCGACACUCGAUACUACCUCGAAAACCAGCUUGCAAAGCCUCUCCUUCGUAUCUUUGAACCUAUUAUGGGACCUAAAGCGAACACCAUGCUCAACGGUGAACAUACCCGUGUCGUCCAAGUGGCGACAUCGAACGUCGGUGCGCUCAUGAAGUUUGCGGUCAAGACGGUACAGUGUUUGGGCUGUCGAACACCAUUGCGCGACCAAAACAUACCCGUGUGCAAGAAUUGCAGACCGAGAGUGGCACAGUUGUAUCACGAAAAGCUAGCGAGGGCUUCGGCAUUGGAGGUUGAGUUUGCGCGGCUGUGGACAUGCUGUCAGAGAUGUCAAGGUAGUUUGGCACAGGAUGUGUUGUGUACCAACAAGGAUUGUCCGAUCUUCUUCAAGAGAAAAAGGGCUCAGAAGGAUGUUGAAGAUGCAGUGCAGGUCGUUCAGCGCUUCGAUACCACGUGGUGA